AUGCGGAUCGCCCGCACCUCCCAGCUCCUAGCCGGGGCCGCACUGCUCUCCUCAACCCUCAUCGAGGCCGCCGCCCCGCCACCCAGCGUCUGCAAUAACUCCCCGAGCGAGCUCGUGCCCGACGGCUGCGCCUCCUACGACACCAUCGAGCGCCUCAACAAGAAGCUCAACCCGCUGCUGAAGGAGAUCACCCACGACACUGACUACUUUAGCUACUACCGCCUCGACCUCUUUGGGCGCACGUGCCCCUUCUGGGACGACGAGGGCAUGUGCGGCAACAUUGCCUGCGCCGUGACCACCAUCGACGACGAGAAGGACAUCCCCGAGAUCUGGCGCGCGGAGGAGCUGGGCAAGCUGGCGGGGCCCAAGGCGUCGCAUCCGGUGAGUCGGGAGCCGACGGAGCCGUCGCCGCUGAAGGGCGCGCUGGGCACGGACCGCGAGGAGAGCUGCAUUGUGGAGGAGGAUGAGUGCGAUGAGAGGGACUACUGCGUGCCCGAGGACGAGACGGAGGGCAGCAGGGGCGACUAUGUGUCGCUGAUUGAGAACCCGGAGAGGUUCACGGGGUAUGCGGGGGCCGGCGCGCAGAAUGUCUGGAAGGCGAUAUAUAGGGAGAAUUGCUUCGACAGGCACCCGGAGCUGGAGGAGCCGAAGGGGUCCGCGGGGUUCUCGAAGAGGAACCCGGCGGCGAUGGAGUUUGCGGGGGUGAUGCAGGAGAAGGGGAAGCAUGAGUUUGGGGUUGGGAAGGACGGGAAGCAGAGCCUGGUGGAGCUCGAUGCGGACGAUGAGUGUCUGGAGAAGAGGGUCUUCCAUAGGGUCAUCUCGGGCAUGCAUGCGAGUAUCUCAAUGCAUCUGUGCUGGGACUACUUGAACCAGUCUACGGGUGAGUGGGGCCCCAACUACGAGUGCUUCAUGUCCCGCUUCAAGGGACACCCGGAGCGUGUACAGAACAUCUACUUUAACUACGCCCUCCUUGCCCGCGCCGUCUCGAAGCUCCAGAACUACCUCCAGGACUACACUUUCUGCUCCGGCGACACUUACCAGAGCCGUAUUACCAGGGCUAAGGUCCUCAAGCUUGCCAAGACCGCUGCCUCCGCUGAGCCAAUCUUUGAUGAGUCUCUCAUGUUCCGGGGCGAGGUGGCAGGUCUCAAAGAGGAGUUCCGCAACCGCUUCAGGAACGUCUCCAGGCUCAUGGACUGCGUCGGCUGUGACAAGUGCCGUCUGUGGGGUAAAGUCCAGACGCAAGGAUACGGAACUGCCCUCAAGGUCCUCUUCGAAUUCGACGAAGACGCUGAGCCCGGCGUUAACCCUGUCCUCCGCCGCACCGAGCUCGUUGCGCUCGUCAACACCCUUCACCGUGUAUCCGACUCCCUCGUUGCCCUUGACGCCUUCAAGGCCAUGUGGGACCAGCGCCAGGCCGAGGAGCUGGAAGCGAAGAGAGAGGCGGGUCGCAGAGCGGCUGCGGGGCCUAGAAAGGAGGGGGAGGUUGAGCCGACUAUCAAGGAGCUGUUCGUGGAGGAGGUUAAGGUCGUUUGGAUGACGCUCAUGUUUGUCAUGAGGAGUUGGUACGAGGUGCCGAAGCAUCUGAUGAUCAUUGGACUGUCGGAGGCGAGUCAGCUGUGGGAUCGCGCGAUGGGGCGGGCGCCCAGAGAGGCGUUCUAUAGCUGGAAGGGGGACAACUAUCUUAACCCCAAGAACGAGCUCUAG